UCGCUGUUGUCACUGUUGGUUGGUUCAGUUCAGUCGACCAGUUGUUUUGUUUCAGUUGAUCCACAGAUUACGACCUCAUUCAUGUAUACUACUAUAGGACAUGUGUAAUUAAUUAGUGUGACAGAUUACAGUUGACAGUUUUCAAUGCUAGUUGCAACUGUUUUACUCGCGCUUUUUAAUGUGGUGUUGUCUUGGUGACGUGUGAGUCUGAUCAUGUUGUAGUUUCAUUUUAAAUCAUUUGAGUUUAUUAAUAUGACAUUUGUAAAAUCAUCUGUAAAUUUUAUUAUGAAUGAUUUUUUGCUAUCUUUUGGAAGAUUUGAAAUAAGAUCUUUUGUUUACAUUUUAUAGACCAUAUCCACAGUUAAUUAUUUAUGUUAUUUUUCAUCAAACAAUGUAGUAAUUCUUAUUAUCCACAUCAUUUUGUAACGAACUUUAUCAAAAUGUUUGGUUUAUACUCAAUGAGAAGAAGGCGGCUGUGGUUCAAAAUUUUAAUUCUGUUAACAAUCCCUUCUGUAAUUUUAUGGUGGUAUUUAAAUCAAACUAAAUUUAAAGCUGUAGAAUCACAAAGGGUUAAAAUUGAGGAAGAUGGAAAAAAUGAAUAUGUUGAGUACAUGAACAACAACAACAAUAAUAACAAUGUUGUAAAGAAACCUGCAUAUACCAGUAGUAAAGAAUCUAUCCAUCAAAGAAAAGCAAUUAUUGUCCCUGUUAUAAAUAGAGGCCGCAUCUUAUCUAACAAAGAUAGAGAAUUUGAAGCCAUGAUCAGAAAGGACCUGGCUAAUAUUGUACCUGGUUUGGGGGACAAUGGUGCUGCCGUUGAGUUAAGUGGCGAAGAGGGGAAACUCGCCCAAGAGGUGAUGAAGAAGGAGGCAUUUAACCUUGUAGCUAGCAACAAAGUGUCGUAUAACAGGACUAUCGUGGAUGCUCGUCACCCUCUGUGCAAGAGCGUGCAGUAUGAUGACGAUCUUCCUGAUGUGAGCGUAAUAAUCAUCUUUAACAAUGAAGCCUGGAGCUCUCUGAUUCGAACAAUCCACAGUGUCCUGAAUGGAUCACCAGCACACUUGUUGAAGCAGAUAGUUCUGGUGGAUGAUAAAAGUGAUAGAGAGGAACUGAUGGGGAAGUUGGAAUACUACAUGCGGACUCGUUUACCCAACAAGGUUGUUCUCCACCGACUGUCUCAGCGAAGUGGACUUAUUCGAGCUCGUUUAGAAGGGGCUAAAUUAGCUACUGGUGAAGUUCUUAUGUUUCUCGAUUCCCAUUGUGAAGUUGGAACUCAGUGGCUAGAACCACUGCUGCACCGUAUCAAAGAGGAGCGUACAGCUGUGGUGGUGCCGAUCAUAGAUGUUAUAGAUGAUGGCACUCUGGAGUACAUGCACAACGAAGGCUCCCUGCUGUUCCAGAUCGGAGGCUUCUCCUGGAGUGGACACUUCACCUGGCACGACAUCCCCGACCGCGAGCUCAGCCGCAGAGGUUCUGUCAUAGCUCCUACAUGGUCUCCAACCAUGGCCGGAGGUCUGUUUGCGAUUGAUGCUGACUAUUUUUGGGAGUCAGGAUCAUACGAUGACAAGAUGGACCUUUGGGGAGGCGAGAAUUUAGAGAUGUCAUUCAGGAUAUGGCAGUGUGGAGGAACUGUGGAGACGAUUCCUUGCUCACGAGUGGGCCACAUAUUCCGCUCGUUUCACCCUUACUCAUUCCCAGGACACAAGGACACCCAUGGCAUCAACACCGCUCGUACUGUUGAAGUCUGGAUGGACGACUAUAAGGAGCUUUUCUAUAUGCACCGACCCGAUCUAAAGGAUAUUGACAUCGGUGAUGUGUCACAACGUAAGGAACUGAGAAAAAGGCUCAAAUGUAAGAGUUUCAAGUGGUAUUUGGAGAACAUUUAUCCCGACAAGUUUGUUCUCAAUGAAAACGUCCAGGCGUAUGGAAGGGUUAGAAAUGAAGCUACCGAUCUAUGCUAUGACACUCUUCAACAUGGUGAAGAUUCAGAAUAUAAUGUAGGUGUCUACGCUUGCCAUAAAACCAUCUUCAGUAGCCAGCUGUUUUCGCUCAGCAAUGAUGGACAGAUAAGACGUGAAGAAACAUGUGCAACUAUCAUAUCAUCUAAUGAGAUCAAGAUGGAGAAAUGCUCACCACAUUCAAAGAAACAAAUUUGGAGGUUGACCAAGAACGGUCACUUGCGUAAUGACGCCAUGGAGCUGUGUCUGGAUGCAGAGGCGCUGGGGGUGGGUGACACACUGAAGGCCAGCAAGUGUAAUAACAGCCCCACCCAGAUCUGGUCCUGGGAUUACUACUCUCCUCAGGCUGCUAACAUAUUCAAGGAAAUGUAGCAGCACGAUUCUCUACUUCGCACAUUCCACUCUAUGUUUGCUCAAUGUUUGCCGUCCACCCUUGUCAUAUUGUGCCGUUUAUCCUCUAAGUCAAUUUUACAUCACAAUCAAUGUGAUCUGUUUAAUAUAUUUUUAUAGUGUUUUAUGACGUUGUUAAGGUUUUUAUAGAUUUUUGUAUAUAUUGCGCUAUAUGGUAUAUAUAUAUAUGUGUGUGUGCGUGUGCGUGUGUGUGUUUUACACAUUGUUGGUGUUGAAUUUAUACUAGAUAUUUUAGUGGCAGAAAUACUUAUAGGCUGUGUCUGCUUUUACUUUUUUAUAAAAUUGUAUAAAUAAGUAUCAGUAAAUAAAUUCUCGUCUAAGCAAUAACAUUGUAGUGUCCCACCUGUUAUAAUAGAAUAAAUGGGUGGUCAAUUAAAAAUAGGAGAUUUAAAAUUAAACAUAGGUAUUAAAAAUAAAAUAUUCCAAUUUUGGAAAUCUAAAUAAAGGAAUGGUAAAUUUUAUUUGUUGACAGAUUAGGCAAACAAUUAUUGAGAGAUAAAGAUUUCCAGUUUUAUGGUACAAUCAGCUCUUGAUGUCCGUGACAACCAACGGCCAGCCUCCUAUCGUUAACCCAAAAACACGGUCAAAACAAAGGGAGCCAUUAACAAUUAAUUGUUAACUAGUAAUUUAAUGCUAAAUAACAUUUUUUUAUCAAAAUUACCUAAUAAGAGCAUUUGUAAUCCAUUUGUAUCGGCUAUUUACUUGAUAGUAAAAACACGUUACACAAUUUAAUACUCAUGAGAAUUAAUAAAAAUGUACUAUAUUUACAAAUUAA